CACUUCCCUUCUCUCUCUGAUUCUCAUUCCAUGGAUCUCUGCUAAACAUUCUACAGAUCCAACAUGGCCAACUUCCUCGCCCAGUUCCAAACCAUCAAGAACUCUACCAAUCGCCUCGUCAUUUCAGUGGAGGAUGUGAGUGAUUUGUGGCCAACUGUCAAGCCUGCUUUUGAAGCGCGGUUGUCGUUCAAGAGAGCGGGUUUGAAUAACAAGGCGAGGAACCCUGUAUUGGUUGAGAAGUUGUCGGCGGAGUUCAUAUUAACUACAGAUUCAAGGCUUCGUAGCCGGUUCCCUCAGGAGCAGUUGUUGUUCUGGUUUCGAGAGUCGUAUGCAACUGUCGUGCUUGUUACCUGUGAGGAUCUUGAUGAGUUUAAAACCAUCCUUAAACCACGCUUGAAACUAAUUGUCCAGAAUGAUGAAAGGGAAUGGUUUAUUGUAUUUGUAUCUAAAGCUCGUCUAGCUAAUGACCAGGCAAACAAAAUGGAAAAGAAAGUAUAUGCUAAACUUGAAGUUGAUUUUAGCUCCAGAAAAAGAGAAAGAUGCUGCAAAUAUGAUAUGCAUUUCCCUGAAGCUAAUUUUUGGGAAGAUCUAGAAUCAAAAAUAAUGGAAUGCAUCAGAAAUACACUGGAUAGGCGUGUACAAUUUUAUGAAGAUGAGAUACGGAAGCUCAGUGAACAGCGUCUCAUGCCAGUCUGGAACUUCUGUAAUUUUUUCAUUUUGAAGGAAAGUUUGGCUUUUAUGUUUGAAAUGGCGCAUCUUCAUGAAGAUGCCUUACGGGAAUAUGAUGAACUAGAACUCUGCUAUCUUGAAACAGUUAACAUGACUGGAAAGAAAAGAGAAUUUGGUGGGGCAGACCAUGGGGAUGAUCAGGCAACAAUUGUUAAUCCAGGAAACAAAGCAUUAACGCAGAUUGUCCAAGAGGAUUCAUUUAGGGAGUUCGAGUUCAGACAGUAUCUGUUUGCCUAUCAAUCAAAGCUCUUAUUCAAGCUAAAUCGACCUAUUGAGGUAGCAUCACGAGGUUAUUCGUUCAUAUUAAGCUUCUCAAAAUCCUUGGCAUUGAACGAGCGUAUUCUUCCUUUUUGUAUGCAUGAAGUCUGGGUGAUAACUACUUGCUUGGCUUUAAUUGAAGCAACCACUUCCAACUGUAGUGAUGUACUUGUGGCGCCUGAUGCAGAGAAGGAGUUCUUUUGUCUUCUUGGUGACCUAUAUUCUUUAGCCAGAGUUAAGUUCAUGAGGCUAGCGUAUUUAAUUGGGUAUGGUACUGAUAUAGAAAGAAGUCCUGUCAACAGUGCUUCCCUCAGCUUGCUACCUUGGCCUAAGCCAACUAUUUGGCCUUCAGUCCUUGCUGAUGCAUCAGCAGAGGUGCUUGAGAAAGAAAAGUUGAUUCUUCAAACAACACCUUGGUAG